UAUUGUAUAAUAAACUAAAUGUGAUUUGAUCGCAUUAAAAACGCUGAAAACCGAUAGUACGAAUGGGUGGGAACAUGAAUAAGAUGCUAAUGAAAAAUGCCCUUCUUUUGAAUGAACCUUGCGUCGGCAUUUAUUGCCGGAUAGUAAUUAACGACUCAUUCGAACUGGUUCUUUUUUCCCCAAGGAUUACCGGGUGUGUUCGCACGAAGCGGUUCAACCUGUUUUCUCGCCGAGCGAUCCGACCCUAGUCUUCAGCCAAACGUCGAAGUAUCCACAUGGUUCCCCAUUUAAACUAUUUGACUCGUCCCGAGGCGAUUAUUUUCGGCAUGGAUCUUUAUUUGCUGUGCUUUUUAAUGUCUUUGGGGCUGGUACAUCCGCAAGAGUGGACUGGUGAUCACGCCGAGGGAGCAGCCCUAGAAAGUACACCGUUGGGAAACCUAUUUUCAACGAGUUCGAGCGACCCUUCCAGAGCAAACAUCAGCCGUUUAAUUGUGAACCUCAACAGCGCGCAUCUGAAGCUGAGCACCCCCCUAAUCAAGAACCUUAUCGACUAUAGCAUCGCUUCAGCGUUAAAUAACAGCAGUUUCCGUUUGGAAGAUUUCCAUAUUAAUACUGAAAAUGAUGGUGAAAAUUUCGACGAUGGUAAACCACGGUUGGAGAUUGUUUUUAACCUGACUGAUGGAAUGCCUGCAAAGAUUGACAAGGAAAGCGAUGAAUUUUUGUUGGUCUCUGUGCUUGUGGCACAGGUUCAAGUGAAUAAAACUAAAUCGGCGAAUAGGACUGAUUCGAUUCAGGGGUCGAAAAAAGACGCAGAAACUGCCCAGUUUUUAAGUGCUACUUCUCAAGAAGGUCCGAACAACAAAGAUAUUCAAGAAAGGUACGAUGGACCCUCUUACGAUACUAGGAUCAAUGUAAGUUCUAAUACGGAGGAAAAGAAAGAAAGUGCAGUUUCCUCAAAUUGGGAUAAACAAAGUUCGGCCUUAAAAUGUGAAGAUUGCCAGGUUAAACAUGGUGAAGGUAUUGCCUAUAAAAAGCAAAAGGACCGGGUUUCUUUUCCGCCUGGUGGCCUACAGUCUCAACGAGUCAACUUAAACGAGCCUUCGAGCCAAGUUCCUGUCAUCGAUCCGAUUGGCUUGCUUAACAAACAAAGUCCGUUUCCUACCCAAUACAGUGACAGCUGGGUUUUUCCGAACGGGGGCGUAUCGAAACAGGAAGGACUUGCAAUUUUUUUCAGACCAGAUUGUCCUGUCUUCGUUCCUCAGUUCAUCUUCCCAUAUCUCCAGCCCUUCUACCAAAACUACAGAUUAUUCACGCGAGCAUAACAACACAACAAAAGAGAUUUUUGUGCAUUAACAGCCUGUUUAGACCGUCGAAAUUUGGUCUCUUUUCUUGAAUAUCCUAAUUGGCAUCGAUAUCGUAAAAAACUACUGAACCAAAAUCCGGUGGUUUAGUAAAGCGUUUAUAAAAGAAAGAAAAUAAUUUGACAAAUUCUCCAUAUACCUUCUUACAUUUUAACCAAAGACCGAACCAACACAUUCCUUUUGCCCAAAAAAUAGAACAAUGGAUAAAUUACUUAAUAGUAGCAGUGCUAAACAUUAAUUUAAAAAUAUCAUACUUUACUUAGGUAAAGCCUAUUAAAAAUUAUUGAUUAUUACAUUAAUGAACAUUGAAAUAUCGAAAAGACUUAUCACGAUAGAAGGGGAAUGCUGAAUACUGCUUCAUUGAAUGUUCCAAAAAAUGUAUCAGAUAAAUUUCAAAUACAAUAUUAAAAACCCGA